CUUAUUAGAAUACAAAUUGUAAACUGAAAGAAUUUUUAACUAGUAUUAAUUAUUUUUUUAUUUUACAUACUAUCAAACUGUUUAAUUAGAGAAAUAUUCCCUCUGGCAAUCAUCAUUUUUCGUUACCAUGACAACAACGAAAGAGGCAAACAGGAAUGCUUUUUAAUUUUUUUUCUUUUGUAAGUGAUCUUUGAUUUGAAAUAGCAAUUAAAACAGCAUUUUAAAACGAAUUAAAUUUGUUAAAAUGUUUGAAAAUACUGUAGAUUUAGCUGGAUAUGAUAUGUUAUGGCGAACUAAGCCAGAACUUCCUAUCGCUAAUGAAGAAAAUAAACAACUUGAAGAAUCGCUAAAACUGAAGAAAAUCGAGGUAGAGAAACUUAAAGUUAUUUUGGAAAACAAUAUUAAUAAAGGUAAAAAGAUGAGGGAUCAUAUAAAUGAUUUGCAUCAAACUCUUAGCUAUAAACAGCAACUUUUUAAAACAAGAGAACAUGAGCUAGAAAUGGAAAUUCAUUCUGAAAAACUCAUAGAUCGUGAGUGUAGUCGCUUAGAGCAAGAAAUGAAAGCUGUCAACAAUGAAAUAAAAUCUUUAAGAGGCCGACAGAAAAAAAGAGAAAUGGCUAUUUCUCAGCAAAGAGAAAAAGGAGAAAAAUUGAAAUCUGCAAUUCAGUGGGAUGAAGAAAAAUUAAUGCAAUAUCUGGAAAAAUCUGCAGAGAUGGAAAAAGAUAAUAUGGUGUUAAUGAAGUACACUAGUGAAGAUGACAGUAAAAUUACAGAACUUGGUUUGCUUGUUGAGAGAUUGAGCAAAGAAGCCUAUGAAAAGAAAUGUGCUCUUGAGGAUGUAAACACUGAAGUCCUUAUUGUCCAAUCUGAAUUAGAUCGAAUUCAAGAAGAAUUUCGAAGUGCGUACGAUGAAAGAAAUAAUCUAAUCAACAACUGGGAAAAAGCAGUUAAUCAAAUUCAGCUGAGAAGUAAAGAAAUCAAUAAAUUAUCAGAGAAUAUAGAAAAUCAGCAAGAUGAGCAAGUGGCUUUAAAACAUACAUUAAAGGAGCAAAAAGAUCUUCUAACUAUUGAAAUAUCACAUAACAAUGAAAUUGAGCGCAAAAUUAAAGAAAAAGAUGUGAUAGCCUCUAAAUUGCGAAAUGAUAGGAAAACUGCUAUUGAAAGAGAAGAAGAUUUAAAAGCUGAAUUAUCAACUGUCAGAAAUGUUUUGAACAAUAUUCUGCUUCAAAAGCAAACGACACAGAAUAGCCUGCAACAACUUAAAAAGCAAUUGGAUAGCAAGUCUGAAAAAAUAAUUACGGUCAGAGACACCAAUAAAAAACUUGAAGAUGACAUUGAAAGCUUAGCUAAAGAAACUUUUGAUGCAGAUCAUUAUACAAAGGAGCUAGAUGCUAUUUUGCAAAGAGAGAAGUCAAAAAAUCAAAAACUGGAAAAUGAAAUAGCUAAUAUUUGUAAAACCAUUUUAAGUUGUAACCAUGAAAUGAAUGAUUUAAAGAUAAAAGAAAAGUUUUUGGACACUGAAAUCAAAAACAAGCAAACAGAAGUGAAAAAUUUAAAUGUUAAACUUAUUGCUCUUGAUCAAAUAAGAACCAAACAAGAAAGUGAAAUGUAUAAUGUUGAGUCUCACAUUGAAAAAUUACAACUGCGACUGAAGAAGAUGGCUGGAGAAACGAAUGAGGAAGAGAGAAAACGAAUGGAGAGUCAACGUUCAUCAUUGUUAACGACACUGGAGGAAAAAAAGAAAACAUUGAAUACGUUAACUGAGGAGCUUAAAAUUAUGGCGGAGAAAAUGACUUUGUCUUCCAAAGCAUUGGAUUCCAACAAGAAAACGAACACUGAGUUAAAAGAGAAAAUAAAAUAUUUUGAGUUUUAUAUCUCUAACUCCCAAAAGUCACUAAAGUGCUGCAUUUCUAGAAAACAGGAAAUUCUUGUCCAAGAAUGCCUUGAAAAAUUUCAAAUGAAAAGGUUCCAGAAAUUAUUAAAUGGCAAAAAUAGAUCUGUUGCUUCACUACAGAAAAACAAGCUGGAAUUCGAAACUAUGAUGAAUGAAAGAGUUGAAGAGCUGAAGCGAUGCAAUGAAAUUGUGGAUGCAGAAAUCAGAACAGAAGCAGACGAGUGCAGCAUCUUGAAGCGAAAAUAUCAAGAAUCUAAUGACAAGGCACAGAAACUCCAGUCUAAGUAUAAAAUUAUUUUGGAUGCAUUGGGAAUUUCUGAACCUGGUGAAGGAGCUGAAGCAGAGAUGUUAAUUAAAGCUGAAAAUGACAAACGAGAUCUGUUACAAAAACGAGAUUAUUUAAUGAAGCUAGUGUUAAAAGCUCAAGAUGAACUUUCUGCAUUGAAGAAUACUGUUUGGAUAGUUAAUGCUGCUAAUGAACAGUUUCGUCAAGCGAUACACCCUCCUGGUAUUAAUUCUGAAGACAGUGAAAAACUUAGGCAUGCCGAAAUUGAAUUGCGAGAACUUGCUAUCCAAAUUCAUACAAAUAAAUCAGGGUGUCAAUUUUUAGAAGAAAGCAUCAGUUCAUUGAAAGAAAAACUAACUCAAGAGCAAGAUCAUUGUAAAGAACUGCAAAUUGCUUUGAGGGAUCAAGAGUCAGAAAAUGAAAAGAUUUCUAAAAAAAUUUCCGAUCUUCAAACCAAAAUUCAAAGAGCAGAAAGAUGCAAUUCUCGUCUAAGUCUGGAUAUUAAAACUAAAACAGCUUUGAUAGGUAUAGAAGAGGAUAUUCGAAUUCAUCUUUUAAGAGAAAUAAGAAGGGAUGUUUCUGAUUUAUUAUUUUCAGCCGUCGAGAACAUACCAGAUGUUCAAAACAAGAUAAAAGAACUUUAUGAAGAAGCUAAUCUGCCAUUACCUUCCCGUGCUCGUUCUCUCUUCUCAAGAUCCAGUUCUGCAUUUUCACUGUCUUCCAGGCGUUCAUCAGCUGGCUCACCACUUUCGAGUGCACACAGCACAAGAUCAGAUGUUUACACUCCUUCUAUAGUGACACUUGGUUCUCUUGAUGAUAUUGAAAGCUGAAUUUUGCCAAAUUAUUUAAAGACAGCUAAACAAGUUAACUUAUUUUGAAAUUAUUUAAGAAUUAUUUGGUGAUUAUAUACAAAUGUUUUAAAUACUGAAAAAAAAUUUAAUAUCCAAAUAAAUAUUCAAAAUAUUUAUUUUAUAUAACUGGCACAUUAUUUUAAACAUGUUUAUAUAUGUGUGUUAUUAAUUAGUGGUUUGAAUCAAAUACAAUAAAUUUCUGUACAUUAAAUUCUGUUUGUUGAAUAAGAUUAUUUUUUAAUUCCCAUAAUAGUUCAUUUUCAUUAGUAAUAAGAAUUUUGUGUGAAUAUUACUAUUAAAUACUUUUGAAGAGAGAUUUAAUAAACUUAACUUAGAAAUGAAACACUCAAUGCUGAGGACUUGUAGAAAAUUUCUAUCUAGACAUUUUUACUUUAGUUCAUAGAUAAGCUUUCUAAAAAGAAAAUUUACGUAUAUGAAAUUUUAUACAAAAUAAAGCUUUUUACGUGUGAUAGAUUUUUGGUUUAUACCUAUUCCAUUAAAGUUCAAAAUGCUAUAUUCAAAUAAGACUGUAGGUCCUAUAAAAAGAAUUCAUAAUACAGCAAGGGUUGAAUAACAUAUUUGCAUUUCUUCCUUUUUUGCAAAGAAUGAGCUUUUUAUAUUUAAAUUAACUAUCUAAAAAUGUAUCGAUGAAUAUAAAUUGAUUCAAGACUUAGUAUAAAUUCAAAGUUCGUUAAAUUUUUUUUAAAUAC